CGGCGUUACGCCCAACAUUAAAUACCUCGAGUUGGUCUUGAUCCUAUAAAUACCCCUAAAAAUUAUAGUCAUGCAACAACUUUACAUUUUUCUGAGCUCCAUAAAUAUGUCUACCAUUGUUUUCCCCGACCACCAUUCUGCUGUUGCAGAUGCUGAAACUCUUAGAAAGGCUUUUCAAGGAUGGGGAACGGAUGAGAAGACAAUCAUUGGAGUGAUAGGAAGGAGAAAUGCGAACCAAAGAAAGAUGAUAAGGCAAGCAUACGAGGAGUUGUAUCACGAAGAUCUUGUCAAGCGUCUCGAGUCUGAGCUCUCUGGAGAUUUUGAGAAAGCUGUGUAUCGAUGGAUUCUAGACCCAGAAGAGCGCGAAGCAGUACUACUGAAUGUGGCGAUGAAGAAAAAACCGGUGGUGGAUUAUCGCACCAUCAUCGAAAUCUCGUGCAUUUCUUCGCCCGAUGAGCUUUUAGCUAUAAAGCGCGCCUACCAAAAUCGCUACCAUCACUCCGUCGAAGAAGAUCUGGCUCAACACGCAUCAGGCGAUCUUCGCAAGCUUCUGGUUGGAGUGGUGGGCGUAUAUAGGUACAACGGCGAUGAGAUUAAUGCGAGAUUAGCGAAUUCUGAGGCUGAUUGUCUUCACAAAGCUAUAAGUGACAAGGCUUAUGGGGAUGAAGAAGUUGUUAGAAUCAUAACCACUAGGAGCAAACUCCAAAUCCUAGCAACUCUCAAUAAGUAUAAAGAUGAUCAUUCCACAUCAAUCACUAAGAAUUUAAGGGAUGAUCCGUCUAGUGAUUAUGUAGUUGCUUUACGCACAGCUAUUCGAUGCAUAACCGACCAUCACAAGUAUUAUGAGAAGGUAAUUCGCCAUGCUCUGAGCAUGGCGGGGACUGACGAAGAUUCAGUGACGCGCGUGAUUGUGACGCGAGCAGAGAAAGACUUGAAAGGAAUAAAAGCGGUUUACCUAAAGAGGAACAGUGUGAGCCUUGAGGCUGCAAUUGCUAAGGAAACUUCCGGCGAUUACAAGGCCUUUCUCCUCACUCUGCUCGCCAAUCAAGACUGAUCAUUUUUUUUCUUCCUGUUUUUGCUUUCAUUUUAAUUACUUCCCUGUGUUGAACAAUUUCCCCAAAUAUUACGUGCGUUAUUUCCUAUGUUAUAUUUUACUUGGGAUCCUAUAUUUUAA